UGACAGGCCGAUGAUAACAACUUGUUUUGAUACUUUGGUUGGAAAAGUUAAACUAUUUUCGAUUAGACAUUUUUAUUUAUUUGGUUAUAUCUAUUUUUACUACUACAUUGAGACCAAAAGUCUGAUAUUUAACAGUCUAUAUAUGUAAUAACCAAACAUGUUAGUUACCCUUCAGAAUAAAUAUAUAAGGCCUCUAUUCAUACAUUGUCGAGCUCUUCACAACCAAUAUUUAAUUGCAAAUGAGACUAAUGGAACUCGGGAAAUUACUCUCAACCAUGAGAAAACAAAAAAUUCACUGUCUCUGGAUAUGAUGAACAGCCUAAUAGAAGCGAUUAAUUUAAAUAAGGACGACAAAUCUUUGAGGGCUAUAGUGUUAAGUGCUAAAGGGAAUGUAUUUUCGGCAGGUCAUAAUUUAAAAGAAUUGCAAUCUAAUACCGGCGUAGAUCAACACAGACUGAUAUUUAGCAAAGCAAGCGAGCUAAUGAAGUCCGUUAUACAAAGUCCCGUUCCUGUUAUCGCUAAGGUGAAUGGCUUCGCAACGGCAGCAGGGUGUCAGCUCGUCGCAACUUGCGAUAUGAUUGUAUGUUCAGACACAAGCAAAUUCUCCACACCUGGAGCUAACUUUGGCAUAUUUUGUUCAACGCCAGGCAUAGCUGUUGGAAGGUGUGUUCCAAAAUCCAGAGCUACGUAUAUGCUAUUUACAGGUGAACCAAUAACCGCUCAAGAGGCUUACGAAAGUGGACUUGUCACAAAAGUAGUACCAGCGAAUGAACUUGAUAAUGAAGUUAAUAAAAUCAUUGAGAAAAUUAAACAUAAGAGCCGAAGCGUCAUUGCUCUUGGCAAAGAAUUCUAUUACAAACAAAUUGACCAAAGUUUGAUGGAAGCUUAUAAGCUAGGAGAAGAUAUUAUGGUCAAGAACAUCAAUUCAAACGAUGGACAAGAAGGCAUUAAGAGUUUUGUUGAGAAACGAAAAGCAAUUUGGAGCCACGAGUAGCUGUUAUCGCGUAUGUUCAAGAACAACACAAAUUACUUACGAAUAAUGUGUAUUUUAUCUAUAUAAAUUUUCGUGUACUGAUAAAUGGACGUAAAGAUGUGUUCAAAAAUUAAAA